AUGCCUACUACAUCAUCCCUCCACGCUCAACUCGACGCCCUCUACACCACAUGGGCCAACCUCUCCCCGUCCUCAUCCCCAGCCGAAUUCGACAAAUUCGCCAACUUCUUCGACGACAACUGCCGCGCGUGGCUGCUAAGCAUGCGCGAGCUCACAACCCCUAGCAUCGGCCGCCAGGGCGUCGUCGACGGCAUCAAAGCCGCUCUCAAGGACCAGCGCAUCGAGGAGCGUCGCGUAGUCGAUCGGUUCGAAAGCGCGGACGGGACCAAGAUCUCGGUGGAGAUGAAUAAUCGUCUUGUGGUGCACGGCAAGGAGUUAGAUCCGUUCCCGGAGACGGCCACGGCCGUGUUUAAUGAGAAGGGCCUUAUUACCGACUUUAAGGUGUAUUGUUGUCGGAGCGCUGUUGUGCAGAUUAUACAAGAUGUUACUGGCGAGGGUCCUUAUAAGUGUCACCCGUUUGAUGGCUGA